AUGUGCAUUGCCUCUCAACCUCCCGCGCGUCCAAUACUGCAAUUCCAAUUCCCUCGUCGUUCAACCCGGUUCUGUCCAUCGUACUGUGAAGAGUCAACAUGUGGAAUGACGAGGAAGACAAUAACCCGUACGGCAGCUUAGAGGACGGACCCACAUCGCCGAGCAGAUUUUAUAACCGACCCUCGACUCCACCCUCGGAUCUUUCAUCCCCUCAUGAUUCGCCAGAGUUCAUAUCGCACCCCCGAGAUCAGCAGUCAUUGAGUGAUGUCGAUGUUCAUGAGAGUCGGCAAUUUGAGCCUAAAAAGGGGGGCUAUGACAGUCGCAUCGAGCAGAUCUUGUGUGAGAAUCCGGACCUCGAAAUAUUAAUUACCCACGCAGGACGGAACUCGGAAGGAGGAGGGAACUACAUAGCGUACACAAUCAGGACAGGCGACCUGGAAGUGCGGCGAAGAUACUCAGACUUUGACAAGUUGCGCGACACACUUGUCAGAUUGCAUCCAACGCUUAUCAUCCCCCCAAUACCGGAGAAGCAUUCGGUCGCCGAUUAUGCUGCGAAGCCGACCAAGGCAAAGGAAGACCAGGGAAUUAUCGAGCUUCGAAAGCGUAUGCUAGCCGUAUUCUUGAAUCGCUGCAGACGCAUGAAGGAUAUCCGAGAAGAUGGCGUAUGGUGGCGAUUCUUGGAUCCAAACGCUAGUUGGACUGAGGUCAUGAACUCGAGUAUAGUACAAUCGAUACCAAAGCAGAUUCUGCGAGCGCCGCCCCUCGACGCGGCUAACCCCAAGCCUGGCCACGCAUACCUUCCUAUCCCGGCGCAGUCUGCGAAGCUAAGGUCGGUCUCGACUACCACACCAUCUGGGACCCCCAUAUCUCCUCCUGGAAAUGCUGGAAUGCCAUCUGCCGCAUCCCACAGCGUCCCCGGUCCACAAUUCGCACGUUUUCCACCUUCGUCACAGGAUCUCUCCGAGGAACAACUCGAUCCUUAUUUUACGCAAUUCGAAGCGUCUUCGAAGGAAUUAGAGACACUACUUCAGGGAUCAAUGGAAAAGUCGAAUAAGCGCCUGUUACUGCAUUACUCGGGACUCGCAGAAGAUCUAGCUGAACUAGGGGCACGAUACAACAGCUUCUCGCUUUCGGAGCAGUCGCCGACGCUAGCAACCGCAAUCGAGAAGACCGGUCAAGCGGUAGAUCAGACAUACAUUGCCACAGCUGAUUUCUCUGGACAGCUAAGCGCACAAUUCGCUGAGCCGAUGCGAGAAAGUGCGCAGUUUGCUGGUGUUGUAAGAAGCGUGUUGAGAUACCGGAUCUUAAAGCGCGUCCAAGAGCAAAUGGCCAUUGAUGAGCUUGCAAAGAAGCGUGCUCUGCUUGCCAACCUCCGAGAGCAGGAAGAACAAUCUGCACGCAUGGGCGCAACAUUAAGUCAUUAUUCGUCCACGUCCCCUACAAAAUCACGAACACCACGCAGCAGUUCAGAGCAGUCGCGGAGGGAAGAUGAUGUAGCCUCCAUAGACUCGGAUUUUCCGCCUACGAGAGGAGAUGCAAGUCCUCCAAGUGCAAGACAGGGCAUCCCACACAAUGAACCUUCAACCCCAACAAACAGCCACAAGAAGACAACUAGCGGUAACUUUACGAAUAAAAUAUUUGGACGGGUUACACAUGCGUUUCAUGGGAUGAUAGACAGUGACCCUGUAAAGACGAGGCAAGACUUAAUCGGGAAAACAAGUGAGCAGGUCAAGCAGUUGGAACAAGCCGUUGAAGUCUCACACGUCGAUGUUAAGGAUGCAAGUGCUGGAGUGCUUCGGGAUCUUAAGAGAUUUCAAGGCGAGAAGGAAGAAGAUCUCAAGAGAUAUAUGAUUGCUUUCGCCAAGUGCCACAUUGAGUGGGCGCGCAGAAACCAAGCUAAUUGGGAGGAAGCCAAGGCGGAGGUAGAGAACAUUGAGAUACCCGAAGUCGCCCAAUAAAAACGCUGUAGCUACCUGCCUUGCUUCGUUUCAACACAUAAAGUGCGCAAACGUGCACUCUUGUACCUAUAUCCACGGGUGUAGUUGUGCUAGACUAUGCGUAAUGAGGAUGACUACGGGUUAUAACUUUUGUUUAUAGUCGCAACCAAUUGUCUCCAGAUUCACCGAUCGAUGACUGCGCGGGAACUAAUGCAAGAGUCGAAGUCAACAAGUAUUUCAAAAUACAGUGGCAACGCUUGAAUAAUUUUAGUGUUAACACCACGGCUAACACAUUCGCUAAUGUUACAUGUCUGUUCAUUCUGGUCAUAUCAAA